CGUAACGCAUUUGUUUACAACUGGGUGUUCCUUGUUGGUUGGCUGCCGGUCAGGCGCCUGGAAAUGUUCCGAUUUGGGGUAAAAUUUCCGUAUCACGGAUUACCACGGAUAUCACGACACAACCCUUCGAGAUUGUACCUUGUCCCACGGUAUUAUGGAAAUAAAUAUUCUGAGCCACCUAAGAAUAAGAUUGGAACAGCUUUUAAAUAUGCUGUUGGCACAUUGACUGUAGCUACUGUUUCUACAGUCGCCUAUGCUGCUUACGACAAAGACUUCCGAAGGUUGCUAGGUGAUAAUGUGCCUUACUCAGAAGACUUCCUUAGAGUUGUGUUACAAGAAGAGACAGCACCCCUUGAACGGCUUCAGUCUGUGUAUGAAAGUUUAAAAUCCACGAUCUAUGAUAGCUUGUUUGAAAAAAAGGAAGAAAAAACUGUAGAGAAGAAAGCAAAGGUAGAGAUUACAGAACCACCAAAGAAGGAUUAUAAACCAGCUGAAAUCAGUAAGCCAGCUGAAAAAGUUCCGAAGACACAUCCAGAACUACAUCCGAAGAACUUGGCAGAUUUAGAGAGUAGAAUUUCAACUUUAUCGAUAGCUGCAGUUUCAGCCUAUGGUGAUGCAGCGAAUGCAGUCAGAGACUACAGUAAAAACAUCUAUCAUGUAAUUGAGAAUUCGGUAGAAACUCUCGAUGCGGAUGUUUUGGAUAAGUUGAAGAAGCUGAUAGAAAGGAAGGAUGCAGCAGUAGUGAAAGCUGAAGCUAAUGCAAAAGAAGCAGUACAGAACAUCGAGAAGUUGAAGAACAGUAUAAAAGAUGGACUAGACAAUGUUUCUAGUGAACUGUUAGAGAAGUCAAAUAGGAAUAUUGAGAGAGUACUGACUGCAGUUGCUGAUGCAAAGAAUGAAUUUGAAGAAGCAAAAAGGAAAGCAAAUGUUACAGAGAAGUAUUGGGAAAAAGUAGAAGCAGCACGGAAGUUUUUUGAAGAUGAAUUGAAAGUAUUGUUUCCUGGUAUUAGGCUGAGCGAUAAAGAUAUGAGACUUGAUCAGGGGGAUAUUGACCUAUUCAUUGCACAUGUUGUUUCACAUGUAUUAUAUUAUCAGAAAGAACUGAAGAAACUAGAGACAAUGGGAGAGGAUCGUAUAAAAAGGGCUGUGGAGAAAGCGUUUUCAAAAGAUGAUGCUGAUUUGAUUACAGCUAAAGUUCAAGCCCAACUUGACAAAGAACGUAGGCAGUUGGAAUUGGAAUAUCAGAAGAAGGCACUGGAGCUCCAACUUGAUAUAGAGGCUGAAAUGCGUCAGCAGCUGAAGAUUCAGGCGCAGGCUCACAGUGACCAUCUAGUUGAUGUACUCGAUAUCAAAGAGAAGGAACUCGAGCGAUAUUUCAGCAGAGUCCUGAACGAAAGAUUAGAGCAAGAACAGUCUGCAUAUAAGAUGCAGAUUUCUGCCAUGCUGGGUCGUCUAAGGGGCAUGGAAGAUGCUCUCAAAUUGCGGGCAGAAAGUGAUCAGCAAGCACGUCAGGCCCAUUUGCUGUGGAGUGCAUGCCAGUCAUUGCAUCGAUGUGUGAGGGCAAGUACACCUGGUGUUCCUUGGCAGCAGCAGUUGCGACCUCUAAAAUCGGAAAUCGAAAAUGUUAGCAAGGCUGCAAAUACAGAUGAUGAGCUGGUGAAAGUUGUGCUAGCAGGCAUUCCAUCUGAAGCAGCAGGCCGUGGUGUGUAUACAGAAGAAGCUAUGAGGGAACGUUUCCUGAAAGUGGAGCGAAUUGCUCGACGAUUAGCCUUGAUUCCAGAGCAAGGAGGAAGUCUACCACUCUACUUCCUUUCAUUUUUACAAAGUUUCUUACUUAUUAAAGCAGUGAAUCCCAUCCCGGCGGCGGAAUUGGCAGACGAACCCGUGGAACUCGCUCAGCUUGACACAUAUGACAUCCUGCAGAGAUCUAGGUACUGGAUGGACAGGGGAGACUUCAGCAUGACAUUACGGUACAUGAAUCUUCUGAAGGGUGCAGCACGAAGCGUGGCACAGGAUUGGAUAAAUGAGACACGUAUUCUCUUAGAGACGCAACAAGCAGCAAAUACACUUAUGGCUCAUGCAGCAGCUUCCGGCCUCCUUUAUGUUUGAUGAAAUUUAUAAAAAUAAAAGCCUGUACAAAUAAAUUGCAGAACAUAAUAGUAAGAACUGACCAUGUUUGUAAAGUAGAGACUCGCAGACUGCCCCACCCCCAUCUUAAGCUGUUUAUAUCACUGCCUUAUGACAUACAAUUUCCUAAUCCUUUCUCUCACUGCCUGUUACUGGCUAAUGUCCUUUGAGUAUGUGUUUUUUUCCCCCCUGAAAAUUAUGUCUCUGAAAUUUGCAGUGAUUGUGAGGUGAAUGUCAGAUCAGUAACUGUAAAUGAAUACAUGGUGAGGAAAUGGGUAAUGGUACGGUUGAUUCCUAUUGCUUCUGUAGGUACUCAUGACAUAAUCACCCAGAUUUAUGGAUACAAAUUUCAAAAGCAUCAUAAGAACUCGACAGCUAUAUGUGACAUUGUUUUAAUUAAUUUGUAAAUUUUGGAAGUUCUCUGACAGAUGUAUUUGGGCUUCUGGUACUGUUAUCUGUCUACACUUACCGGAUAUUGAGCUUCUAAAUGGUACUUUUAAGGUUCUAGGAAUAUGGUUCAUUAUUCUCAUUACAUCGCAUUUUUUAUUUUUGUUCUAAUAUUCAGCAGUACAAAAAGUAGUUGCAAACAAGUAUAUAAAUUUCAUUAAAAUUUUCAUUUAAUUAGUUGAAAUUAUGGCUUUUUGCCAUCUGUGUUUUGCUGCAACAGGAUUAAAAACCUUUGUGCUUAAUGCCCUGGUUUGGUUGGGGAGGAUCUGUGUUGUGUGAGAUGUAGAUAGUGAAUUGUGUACAUAUAGAGGUUAAAUAAACAUUCAUGCAACCUUCAUUACCUUGCCAUUCAGUAUCUGUGUACUUAUUGUAAUGAUGUCCCCAGACAAUGAAUAUGGGACAUACAGUUACGAAGCCAGCUAGAGGCAACUACGGGGUGUGUACAGCAUUGUGUACAGGCUUUGUAUGAUGUUACUAAAUGAAUACAUUGAACAUUAGAGUACUGCCCUCUGGCCGACAAUAUGUUGCGGUGCUUGUGUGAAGUUUGAAGCAAACAAGGUCAACCUGUUAUUAGUAAAUUGUUUAAUUGAGUCUAUGGUUUCAGAAAUCUGGUGGGUCUUAAAAACUAGUAUUUUGUUCAGUAUUUGAUAUUUAAUGCUGAUAUUUUUAACAAGACCCUAAAUAUGAUAAAUGCUGGCAGAAAUCAUAGAUCUUAUUGUAAGAGUCAAAAGGGAACAAAAACCUGGAAUGUCUCUUGAGUUACUCCAUUGUCCCAAGCAACGCAGUCGACUUCCUGUAGAUAGCACUACCUAGAUAUGUAACCACUCAUUUCUGUCUGUGGAUGCCUUCAGUCCACUUUACAGAAGUUUUCCAUCAUUUUAGUGAGUGUACAUCCGGUUGUUUUCAUUGACAGUUUUAAAAGAUGGGGAUGUAUGAUUUCUAAUUUAGAAAUGAAUUGAUGAGAUACAGCUUACACUGUUGUAGUGCUUAUGUAGUGACCGCCUGGUGUGAAAGCCUAUGUGUCAGCUUAUCAUCAUAAAGAAGGGCCUAAUUUACCAGCUGCUUGUGUACCCUUUAUUGGUGUAUGGAGGUUGCGAUGGUGAUAGGCAAAAGGAACUGUGCAGUUAAAUAUCUAGGCAGAAGCUUUGCUACAGUAUUUGCUUCAACUUUGCUCAGCUGUAAUGUUUGUGAGUGACAAGAGGAACCAGAAAAGAUGUGUCUGAUUAUAUUCAUACUGAUGACAGAAUAAAGAACUUAUUAAGA